AAUUCAGCUGGAUAACCGAAAAACUUUCUUCUCCAAAAUCCAAAUCUUUAAAAAAAAAUCCACGCCCAACAUCGGAGUCAAAAACCUCCAAACUUGAAAAGUUCAACAGUGAACCCAAAACCGAAUAACCUACCAUGAAAUAUUUCAAUGUACAAUUUUGGGAACCCUGUUCCCCCCUGUUCCGCGAUCUGCUUUUGUAGAACAUUGAUGUAUAUUUUGCCAGUUGCCACUGAUGCAUUAGCAAUUUUCUCGUUAAAUUUGUAAUUAAUUUGUAGAAAUUUGAGAAUUUAUCGAGGUAUUCUAUCGUUUAAAUGUCUAUUCGUGAUAUGAGCUUGGUAUUAUAAGUAUCUGUGUGGAAGUAAACGUACAUCUUUUCCCAACGUUGGGUGAUGUUCUAUAGCUUCUUAUCAAAUGGAGGGUUACGAUGUAAUUGUAAAUCAGCCGGUUGUAAUAGAUAAUGGUUCUGGAGUAAUUAAAGCUGGAUUCGCUGGAGACCAAGUGCCAAAAUGUUGUUUUCCAAACUAUAUCGGCCGUCCGAAACACAUACGUGUUAUGGCCGGAGCCUUGGAAGGAGAUCUGUUUGUUGGUCCUAAAGCCGAAGAACAUCGAGGUUUGCUGAGUAUUCGAUAUCCAAUGGAACAUGGCAUCGUCACCGAUUGGAAUGAUAUGGAAAGAAUAUGGCAGUAUAUUUAUAGUAACGAUCAACUACAAACGUUCUCCGAAGAGCAUCCUGUGCUGUUGACCGAAGCUCCCCAUAAUCCUCGUAAGAAUCGUGAAAAGGCUGCUGAAAUAUUUUUCGAAACUUUCAACGUGCCAGCGUUGUAUAUAUCGAUGCAAGCUGUCCUUAGUUUGUACGCUACUGGCCGAACUACCGGUGUAGUACUUGAUUCAGGAGAUGGUGUUACUCAUGCGGUACCAAUUUAUGAAGGGUUCGCUAUGCCGCACAGUAUUAUGAGGGUGGAUAUCGCCGGACGUGAUGUCACCAGAUAUUUAAGGUUACUAUUGAGAAAAGAAGGUGUCAACUUCAAAACUACAGCUGAAUUUGAAAUUGUGAGAACAAUCAAAGAAAAAGCUUGUUAUUUAGCCAUUAAUCCGCAGAAAGAGGAAACCGGUGCUACUGAAGCUGAAACUACUCAGUAUACUCUUCCCGAUGGCAGCACUUUGGAUAUUGGCCCUGCUCGAUUUCGCGCUCCUGAAGUUCUCUUUAGGCCUGAUUUAAUUGGCGAAGAGUACGAAGGUAUACAUGAAGUGCUGCUAUUCUCAAUUCAAAAGUCAGAUUUAGAUUUGAGAAGAGUUUUAUUCCAGAAUAUUGUAUUAUCUGGAGGAUCAACGUUGUACAAAGGUUUUGGUGAUCGACUGUUAUCAGAAAUUAAGAAACUAGCACCAAAAGAUAUUAAAAUAAGAAUAUCAGCACCACAAGAAAGAUUGUAUUCAACUUGGAUAGGAGGUUCGAUCUUAGCUUCGUUAGACACAUUCAAAAGAAUGUGGGUUUCUAAACGUGAAUUCGAAGAAGAAGGCCGAAGAGCUAUUCACAGAAAAACGUUUUAAUUUAAUUUUUACUCAGAGAAUAUUGUCUUUCAGUUUAUUUUGAUGUACAAUAUUUUGCUUUUGUUUUGUCUUCGGCACUCAUUUGGUCAUUUUGAAAACGUAUAAUUUUUCAGCAUUCCAGUUGGCGAAAAUUUCAUCUCUGUUUUAACCAUAGAUCUUCCAUUCUAUAGGAUAAUUUUACAGAACAGGGUACCUGGAAAUUUUCGUCGAUACGUGCUCGUUUAACUGAGCUUAUUGUUGUUUAACUUUUGAAAACAUUUUUAUAAAAAUUACUAUCAUGACUCGAAUACAUGAAAACUUCUGCUGUGAGACUAAAUUUCUAAUUUAUUAUCUUCUAAAGUAAUAGCCCCGUAUCAAUGUAAAUAAUAUAUUAACGCGUUGUACUUAAUCAUGAAAUUUAUAAUACGCAAUCUUGUCUCAGAUCGAUUGUACCAUUGCAUUUGUAGUCGAAUAAUUUGUAACAUUUGUUAUUCACUUAAGCAUUAUUAUGAAGCAACACUUUGUGUUGACUUUAUUAUCGCAUAUUUUUUUUCAAUCAUACGCGAUUGUUUCUUUUAUAAGCUUCUCAAAUAAAUGAAAGUUUGGAUCAUGUGAAAA